AUGGGGGCGGGGCCGGGGAGCGGCGGGCCAGUGGCCAGUCGGAACGGAGAGGGAGGGGGCGGGCGUUGUGGUGGAACAAAGAGGCGGUCCCGCGUCAGUUGGGUCCGGCCCCUGGCCCUCGAAGAUGGCGCUGCGAGGAAGCGGCGCGCGGGCGAGAGGGGGGCGGGGGGGGCGGCAGGGAGUGCGCUGGGUCUUGUUUCCCCUCAAGAAAUGAAAACAGCAUUUUUGGAAUAAACGAGCCCUCAGUCGUAUUGUAAAAGCAUUCUGUGAGCCGGGCUCUCCUUAAACGGCCGUUUCUAGGUUUUGGCCUACUGGGACUUCCUGAAGCCUGUUGUACUUCGUAGGCCUACAUGAGACUGAUUUGGGACCGUUCCUUAUAGCGAAGUGAGGAGGGUGACGCGACAGUGUCCCUCGUCCUUCUCAGGGGCCGAUAACGUCUCUGGGCUAAUUCUUAGCCGAAGGAGGGAGAGCUUUUGUUCCGGGGGCGCUUGGCCAGGAACUCUCCCGUGUGCAGCGCGGAACCUUGAGUGUGAGGCUCUUGUUUCCUUGGAGAGCGGAGCCAGCUGCACUCGGUCUCGGGGGUCAUACGGACGGCUUUCGGCGGCGGACUCGCGGAGCGUGGAGGCAUCGUAGAAGGCAGGUGAGGGUCUUGCUGUGAGAGUGAAGCGGGGAUGUGAGAGGUGCAUGCAAGAACUGUGGGAUUUCCUUGCUAAAUGUUCCGCUACAUUGCCCGGGUGGUUUACCUCUGGAAACUCAAGGACUAGCAAACGAAAGGGCAUCCGAUUCGCGCAGCCUUAUGCCCUGGCGCCUCUCAUUUUAGAAACAGGGCACAACUAUUCAGCUAAACCAGGUAGCAUUAAAACCUUAGGUUAGGGUAAACAGGCUCUAAGGGUGGUGUGGCGAGUACUGCUGGCGUCCGUUGUCGUCUGUUGGUUAUUAAUAUGCGCGGAAACUGUCGACUUGAGGAAGAAUUCUCUCUUAAUACCGUUGAUAGUCUGGAUAUAGCUGCAUAGUGAUAGCGCUGUAUUUAACUUUUGCCUGUUCUUUUAUGUAUAUUCACAUGCCACGUCUAGUGUGUUGUUUAUUCACAGUUUCAGAAGACUUACUGAUUGCCUGAAUUUGUAAAUGUGAAAGAUGUUCUUGGGUGAACUUUCCAUAGUUUUUCAUUUGGUAUUUCCAAUUAGAACUAAGUUGUUUCCUCAGAUUCAAGUUUUCCUAAAGUUGUCAUUUAUUCAAAACAUUUCUAGUCUGCUCUUUAUUACUAAAAGUAAUCCUUUUAGACUUACAAGAUACAGUGAAAAAGCCAACAAUAAAUAAUGGACUUGGUGACUAGAUGGUGCAGAAGCUAAAACUGUUCCGUCAAAAUUUUAAGAUUAUAAACUAAUUUUGCAUAUGAUUAGGAUUUAGUAGUGAUACCUUUUGAGUUUUCAGAGUACUUCAUGUUUGCUAUUUCAGCAUCCCCUACAACAACCACAGAAAAUAGGCUAAUAUUCCCAUAUUGCACAUGGAAGAUGAGCUGUUAAUGGCUUUCUUAAGGCCACCUAAAGAGCUUAUUGCUGAACCAAGAGUUUUUGUUGAAUGUGCAUGAUUGCCCUUGUCAUCUCUGCUUUUUAGCCAGCUCUGGAGUACAUUUCAAAAAAGCUUUCCAUGGUGCUAAGAGUAUGCGUGUGCAGAUGGAUGUACACUCCUUAUUUGCAUUUAAAGAGAAAAACAGUCUUCUUCUAAUUGGAUACAAUAUACUUAUUACACUGAAUUUUAAAAAAUAAUAAUAUUGAACUAGGGCAAUGUGAUACCUGUUUCUUAUUUAUGAGGCAGGGAUUAUCCUCAGACUCUGUGCCAAUAAUUCUACUUAAGGUAAUAAAGUUAAACACAUACCCAGAUCUUACUAGCUUUGGAAAAUAAAUUAAGCCAACGUGUAUGCUCGAAAAAUAUUUCAUUUCCUUUUGUUACAGAUGGAAGCAAACAACAUUAAUCAGGGACUGA